AUGGCCAUCAGAGAGGACAUAGAGAAUGGUCAUGAUGGUGCGCCCGAAGAUGGAAGAGAACCACUCAUGCCCAAGAAUUUAUCCGAUGAAGAAGGAUAUGUUUCUCAGCAUAGCAGCAAUAAUACUGGUACUGCUUGGAUGGUUUACCUCAGCACAUUUGUUGCUGUUGCUGUUGGUGCAAUGGUCGGUGCAAUCACAAGUGGUCCGUUUUCUGAUUAUAUUGGUCGGAAAGGGGCGAUGAGAUUUUCUAGCUCCUUCUGUGUUGCAGGAUGGCUUGCCAUUUGCUUUGCUAAGGGCCCUUGGGCAUUGGACAUUGGAAGAUUGGCAACAGGAUAUGGAAUGGGAGCCUUGUCUUAUGUGGUACCUGUUUUUAUAGCUGAAAUUGCACCCCAAAACCUUAGAGGAACAUUAACAACUGUGACUCAGCUUAUGGCUGCAUCUGGAGUGUCUGUUGCAUUCAUAAUUGGGACAGUACUGCCAUGGAGAGUUUUGGCAUUAACGGGUAAGGCAAUGAAGGGACGUGAAAAAGAGUUUGAAACCACAUUACAGAAACUUCGUGGCAGGGCUGCUGAUAUAUCUUACGAGGCAUCUGAAAUCAAGGAUUAUAUAGAAAGUCUGGAAAAGCUCCCAAAAGCCAGACUGCUAGACAUAUUCCAAAGAAGAAACCUGCACUCAGUCCUUGUUGUGGUUGUUGCCUUCAGCACAACCAUAGUAGAUAAAGUUGGAAGAAAGCCUCUUUUACUGGUAAAGAAUGGUUCACGUCUCAGUUAG